AUGGCAGUCAAAAGGUUACAACAACGUUAUGACAACAAGAGCCUAGUAAUACAGUCCCACAUCCGUGCAAUUUUAGACUGCAACAAAAUAGAAUCAACUUCCGGAUUGCAUCUACAGGCUUUACAUUCCAACGUCUCAGCACAUGUAGCUGCACUUGAAGCAUUGGGGCAACCUAUUCAGCAUUGGGAUGCGUGGCUCGUGACUAUUGUCUUGAGAAAAUUAGAUCAAAAAACGAGUCAAGAUUGGCAGCUUCGGCGCACGAAUACGGAUCUGCCAAGGUAUGCAGAAUUAGAAAACUUCCUGUCCAACCGGUGUGUUGCCUUGGAAGGUUCCGAAAUAUUAGCUAAGGACUUCGAUGCAUAUAAAAAUAGCCAGUCAUCAACUUCACCACAGUCGAAAAAGUCCUACCACCACAACAGCGCAAGAAAAGGUCUUUUUACGUCUACUGAUAGACGAGUAAAGUGUGCAUGUUGCUCUGGAGAGCACAAAUUAUAUGCAUGCAAUAGAUUCAAGGAGCUAACCAUAGGGGAACGUGUGACAUUGGUAAGGGACUCAAGAUUAUGUUUUAAUUGUUUAUGUUCAAGCCAUAUGGCAAAUGUGUGUUCGUCCACAUUUAAUUGCCGUAUAUGCAAACGUAGGCAUAACACGUUAUUGCAUUUUGAGAAAUCAACGGACCCAACGCAAAGGGUUGAGAUUCAGACACCACAGGUAGGUGCCAAUAGCCAAAACGUUGGGUCACAAGAACCAAACAUUUCAGCAGCUGCUUCGUUAUUAGCUGGCUCGGAACAAGGGUAUGUGUUUUUAUCUACUGCGAUCAUAUUAACUGUGGACAGGCUUGGGAAACAGAAACAAUGCAGGGCAGUUUUGGAUAGCGGAUCCCAGGUCAAUUUUAUUUCUGGAAGUUUAGCAAACAGAUUGCAAUUACGAUCCCAAAGGGCUGCAUUACCGGUAAGCGGUAUUGGGGAAAGUCGUGUCCAAGCGUUAUCGUAUGUAGAGGUUUCAAUUCAGUCGAGACUGCGAGACUAUAGAGCUAAGCUAGUUUGCUACGUACUUCCAACAAUCGUCAGUAACCUACCAUCGUGCCCGACCCCCGCACAAGGUUGGCAGAUUCCAGACAAUCUUGUACUCAAACUAGCAGACCCAUCCUUCAAUAAUCCUGGGACCGUCGACAUAUUGAUCGGCGGAGGAGUAUUUUUUGACGUCACUUCGACAUGCACAGAACGAAUCCCACUUAAUGUGAAAAAUAUAUUUUUAAACGAUAGUCAAUUUGGAUGGUUGGUUACGGGCGAGCUUGGAGCCGUGUGUUUAGCAGGUAUUCAUUCAGUAGGGGAAACGCUUGAAGAAAAUUGGAGAGUGUCAAUCGGAAAGGAGGACUCAAACUUUGGACGUUUAUCAAAGGCAAAUGAACGCUCAUCGGAAGAAAAGCAAACUAUGGAGCAGUUCAAACAAACAACCGUGCGAGAUGAGGACGGUCGAUUUGUUGUUCAAUUACCCAAAAAAUCAACAGUAAACGAAUUAGGAGCAACAUUGUCGAUGGCGACUUCACGUUUUCUUAGUGUAGAAAGAAGACUUCAACGAGAUGAAGCAUUAAGAGCAGAAUAUUUGAAGUUUAUGAAUGAGUACAUAGCUUUGGGACAUAUGAAGGAAGUGGUCAAUGAGAGUUCCGUACCAAAAACUACCUUUUACCUGCCACAUCAUGCAGUCAUAAAGACGUCAAGUCUCACAACCAAGGUAAGGGUUGUAUUUGAUGCAUCUGCAAAGAGCUCCUCGGAUGUUUCGACAAAUACAGAUUGCAAACGAAGAACGGACCUGCAGCGAAUUUUAUGGCGACCAAGUCCAAAUGAAGUGUUACGAACAUACCAGCUGACAACGGUGACAUAUGGAACAACGCCUGCCUCAUUCCUAGCUACUCAAUGUUUGGUAUCGCUUGGGGAAGAGAAAAAACAGCAACAGCCAGCAGCAGCAAACGCGAUCCUGCGUGAUUUUUACAUGGAUGAUUUGAUGACAGGGGCAGAUAGCGAGGAAGAGUGCUACAAUUUGCAGAGAGAAAUUAAUGAUAUCUUCAAUUCAGCCAAGCUGCCACUGAGAAAGUGGUGUUCAAACUCUCCAACUGUCUUAACCCAAAUGGGAAAGCGUGAAGGAGACCCACUUUUUACAUUGGAGAUUGGAGAUAACGAUACAGUCAAGUCCCUAGGUCUGGAGUGGAAGCCAUUUGCGGAUCAGUUCCAGUUUACUCUCAAUACUACAACAAGGAAGGAUAAAUUGACCAAGCGAAUCGUAUUAUCAGAUCUGAACAAGAUAUUUGACCCACUAGGUUUUCUAUCGCCUGUGUUAAUUAGAGGCAAGAUAUACCUUCAGCAAAUAUGGGCUGCAAACAUGGAUUGGGACAGAGAAUUGCAACCCAACAUGCGGGACAAGUGGCUUAAUUUUUAUCACAAUCUUAAUGAACUGAAGACCUGUGCUAUACCAAGAAAAGUAAAACCCAGUCCCACGCAACGAGUUGAGAUCCAUGGGUUUUGUGACGCAUCAGAAGUCGCAUAUGGUGCCUGUAUAUACGUGCGGUCAAUGGAUAAAAAUGGUGUAUGGCAUUCAAAACUUUUAUGUGCCAAAACACGAGUAGCUCCACUAAAGGGGGCUACUAUUCCUCGGUUGGAACUCAAUGGGGCCCUGUUGCUAGCCGACUUAGCCCAAACGGUCGCCGAGUCUUGGGAGAUGGACGCUAAAGAUUUUAGACUAUGGACGGAUUCAAUGAUUGUGUUAACAUGGCUCAAUAGUCAAACAAGCCGCCUAAAAUCUUAUGUGAUGAACCGGGUGAACCAGAUAUUGGAACUGACUGAAGUGGUACAAUGGAGGCAUGUGCGCACCCAUGAUAACCCUGCUGAUGUGACAUCCAGAGGGAUAGGUGCAGCUGAGUUAGUGAGAGCCGAAACUUGGUGGUAUGGUCCUAAGUGGCUAGAGAAGGAGGAAUUGGAGUGGUACUCGCAACCCACACUAGGCAAAGGGGAAGAAGAGGUGCUGGAAACUCGAAAAAUGAAACUGGCGUUAAUGGUAACCAAUCCAGCCAUUCAAGGCAUAAUAAGCAAAUACUCGGAAUGGAACGCAAUGCUACGAGGGCUCUCCUGGAUAGUAAGAUAUAUAAAAUACCUCAGCAAAGAUAAGAGCGUCAGAGAAACUCAACAUCUUCAGAUAUCAGAGCUAAGAGAAGCUGAAAUGGUGAUAUUAAAGGCUGUUCAACAGGAGUGCUUCCGCAAAGAAAUUAUAGCGUUGGAAAAAGGGCAACAAGUACCAAAGAACAGUAAGCUGAGGUGCUUAAACCCAUAUAUGAGUAAUGGGUUGAUACGUGUAGGUGGAAGGUUGGAAAAUGCAAACAUUGAUGAAACCCGCAAGCAUCCAAUUUUCUUACCUUCCUCACACAAAAUCACCUUGAUGAUAUUCGAAUCCCAUCAUAGAGAACUUCUUCACGCUGGACCCCAAUUAUUACUAUCAGAAGUGAGACGACAGUAUUGGCCUCUACUGGGCAGAGUGAAUGCACGAUCCGUGGUGCGGCGAUGCGUAAAAUGCACAAGGGCUUGCCCACGAUUCGAUCAACCGUUAAUGGCGGCCCUACCAAAGGAUCGGGUUCAAUGUGCGAGGCCAUUUACAGUCACUGGAAUUGAUUUUGCCGGUCCUAUCUAUGUGCGUAGUGGCUUAAGAAGAGUCCCUGCAAAAAAAGCGUGGAUCGCCAUAUUCAUCUGCUUCUCCACAAAGGCUAUACACCUGGAACUCGCAGAGGAUCUUUCUAGUUCGUCCUUCUUGGCCAUUCUACGUUGUUUCAUGGCCCGGCGAGGCAAGUGCGCAAAAAUCUACUCUGACAAUGGCACAAAUUUUGUAGGUGCCCAGAAGAUGUUGGUUUCAAUGAUGAAGGGUGCCAGUGAUAAAUUCAUCAAGGAGGGAAUUGAAUGGCACUUCAAUCCUCCAUCAGCACCGCAUUUUGGCGGGCUUUGGGAAAGUGCCGUAAGAAGCACUAAACAUCACCUGAAACGAGUGAUGGGGGAACAUAAGCUAACUAGUACAGAGUUACGGACACUGCUUUGCCAAAUAGAAGCUUGCUUGAAUUCAAGGCCUAUUACUCCACUUAGCAGCGAUCCAUCAGACCUGGAAGCUUUGACGCCCUCUCAUUUUUUGAUUGGCGGCCCAAUAAUGAUACCAGAUGAACCAGACAUCUCUAAAGAACCAAUAGGCAGACUUAAACGUUGGAAGCUGGUACAAAAUCUUAUGCAAACUUUUUGGCACCGGUGGUCAAAGGAAUAUCUCCCACAAGUGCAAAUUCGCGGAAAAUGGACAAGUAAAGGAUCCCAACUUCAAAAGGGAGAUGUUGUUAUUAUAAAAGAAGAUUGCCUUCCACCGUCCAGAUGGAGGUUGGGCUUAGUCAUUGAAACGCACCCUGGCGCUGAUGGAAUGACCAGAGUAGUUACAUUAAGGACAAAGGCCGGAGUUCACAUGCGUCGACCUGUCGUGAAAUUAUGUCGCCUGCCCACGCAAGAAGAGCAUAAUGCAGUUGAAAAAUCAGAUUUUCAACGGGGGGAGGAUGUUGAAGCCAAAUAG